UAAUAAUAAUAUGGCUCUGCUUCUAAUUGCUAAUGUAAUGUAUCUGUAUCUUUAUCUUUCUUGUCUCCCACUCUGUUUUUGCAGCUUUGGAUCCAACCUAUUAGCUGCCUUUUACAAAUGUCUUAGUGUUUUCUUCAGUAUUCUCUCUUCUUGACAUUCUGUAAUGAAUGCUAAUCUCACUUUUUACCAGUGCAAGAUAAACCCUGAUACAGGGUUGAAAACACAUUUUGAAGGAAAAAAGCAGCCUUUCUUUAAAGAGCUCUAAUAGGCUAAAAUAUAACAUCAACUUAGAAAACAUUUAACGUACAUUAGUAAUGAAUCCUUAGAGGACACAUAUGUUAUGCUGGACUUAAACACACCUGAAAUGGCCCUUUUCCCAUUAGUUUUUUUUUACUUGAAGUCAUACAGAACCUCCAGCUUAGCCAAUUACAACGGCAUCUAGUGGGGAGCAGCAUUGUCUUCUUAAUUCAAAAGGCACUUUAUCUUUAGUUUCUUGCUUGUUAGGGUACUUUAUAGGGUGCUGACACAUUAUCUUCCACUGAAGUCAUCAGUGGGGGCAAUUUAUUCCAUUGUUGCAUAUACAGGUACUCAAACACUUCCUGAUUUAGUCAUACUUAAGACAACCCUUACAGUACUUUCCUACCAUAUAUACUGUAUGUUUUCACCUUUGUUUGACACCUUAGAGGGCACUUUAUCAUAGUUGCUCUAAUGUGGGGGCACCUUCGAGAGCACUUUUAUCAUGUUUGCUCUGUUGUACAGGAAUUUUAGAGAGUACUUUAUCAUGUUUGUUCUACUGUAGGGGCAUCUUAGGGGGCAUUUUAUUGUUUGCUCUACUGUAUGGGAACAAUAAAGGACAUUCUAUCACAUUUACUCUACUGUAGAGGUACCUUACAGGGUAUUUUUAUCACAUUUACUCUAUUGAGGAGGCACUUUGAAGGGCACUUUUGUGGUAUUUUUUUCUCUUCAAGGACACUAAUAUGAAUCUAAAAACAUUGUAUAUAUUUAAUAGUCAACAUUCAUAGGGACCAUUUUUCUUCAUAAUGAUUACUUUUGCUUUUAAUACUUUAAGUAAACUUUGCUGAUAAUAUACUGUAUAUGAACUUAAGUAGGAUUUGAAUAGUGGACUUGUUCCGCAGUAUUUUCACAGUGGGGUACUACUUCAACUGCAUUUUGCUGAUGGUACAUUUGUUUGUACUUUUUACAUAGGAAAGUGUAAAGAUUCGACAGAAGAUACAAAAACAGAUUUUUCUGAAGCUGUGUUUUUGUUAUUUCCCUCCGAGUCCCGCCCCUCUAGUGGGGAACCACCGGGGAUCGGUACCUCGCCGUGACGUCACGGGCAGGAUCAGCUGCUCACCUGAGGGCCCCCAUGUGGGAAAACUGGAAUAACACAUUUGGCCUAAUAAUAAAUCCAGUUUUGUGUUCAUAACGGACGCCUUCAUAUCACAGCUGUACGGAGGUAGGCUGGCUCUGACCGGUGCAUAUAAACUCACCCACACACUAACGUUAUGGAGAAGUGCCGGAGGUUCAUGGACUCGAUCUCCCACCAGGACGAUACGUGGCUGCUGCUUUAUUGUUUUAGCAGCUAGCGUCUACCUGUGGCUUUGUUUAGCAGAUAGAAAGGUCCGUUCUUACUACUACGCCUGAGCUGCUUUCUGCGGUUACAACCUGUUUAUAAGCAGCCAGUGGUUUUCUGUGGCUCAGCUUCCAACAGCCUAACCCUGUGAUACUCGGAGGACAUGACUGGAAACAGGUUGUGACUGUGUCUGUUGUAGUUUGACAAAAGUUGUCAUCAAGGAUGAAAUCGACUGUGGCUCCCGGUGUGCGACUUUUCACAUCCUGUUCCCGAGACAGUCGGUAUCGCGGUUUCAUUCUUCUCCUCACCUUCCUCAUCUACACAACCUACCAUCUGUCACGGAAACCUAUCAGCAUUGUUAAGAGUGAACUGCACAGAAACUGUUCCACAGUCAUUCAGCCAGUCGAGCUUAACAUAACCAAUAAUGCUACCUGGUGUGACUGGGCACCCUUUGACCGGAAGAACUAUGAGACACUGUUUGGGGUCUUGGAUAACUGCUUCCUGGUUGCCUAUGCAAUCGGCAUGUUUUUCAGUGGGAUAUUUGGUGAACGCCUGCCCCUGCGGUAUUACCUGACUGCUGGGAUGCUGAUGUCUGGAUUGUUCACAUCUUUGUUUGGCCUCGGUUUCUACUGGAACAUCCACUCAUUGUGGUACUAUGCCUUCAUCCAGGUCAUGAACGGGCUGGUGCAGACCACCGGCUGGCCAUCAGUGGUGGCUUGUGUUGGGAACUGGUUUGGAAAGGGGAAGCGUGGGUUCAUUAUGGGUGUGUGGAACUCCCACACUUCAGUGGGAAACAUCUUGGGCUCACUCAUCGCAGGGGUCUUUGUCUCCACAGCGUGGGGAAUGUCCUUCAUCGUCCCUGGCCUCAUCAUCGCCUCUACUGGGAUCCUGUGCUUCCUUUUCUUGGUUGAAAAACCUGAAGAUGUUAACUGCACACCUCCUGAGCACCAUAGUGACCAGAAGAGUGGUGAGACAAAGCCUCAGUUGCAGGACUCGCCCCACAUGGAUGGAGCCAUCAAUGGCGCCAUCGCCACUGAGUCUCAGGAAAUUACUGAGGAGCAGACCGAGGCCAUUAGCUUCUGUGGAGCUCUCAGAAUACCUGGAGUGAUGGAGUUCUCUUUCUGUCUGUUCUUUGCCAAGCUGGUCAGCUACACCUUUUUGUACUGGCUUCCUCUUUACAUUUCAGAUGUUGCGGCAGGAGACAUGUCGACACUGUUUGAUGUAGGAGGAAUCCUGGGAGGAAUUAUGGCAGGCCUUGUGUCUGACUACACCGGAGGGAGAGCUACAACCUGCUGUGUUAUGCUGCUUGCUGCUGCUCCCAUGCUUUUCCUCUAUAAUUACAUUGGACAACGGAGCCUUGCUAUUACAAUUGUUAUGCUGCUGUUGUGUGGAGGCCUGGUGAACGGACCAUACGCCCUCAUCACUACUGCUGUAUCUGCUGACCUGGGAACACAUGAGAGUCUGAGAGGAAACUCCAGGGCAUUGUCAACAGUGACAGCAAUAAUUGAUGGGACUGGUUCAGUAGGUAUGCGAGGAGUUCCAGGACUGUAG